UCGCAUUCGACUGCGUUUUCUGAGCGCAGCCACGAAGCCCGUGGGUGCACUGCACCACUCAAAUGCAUAGCACAAUGGCCGCAUGGUGUUGCGCAUGCUGAACGCGGACACCUUCAAGCAGUGUGGGGAUCAGGCGUUAUGGAGGAGAAACCUGCAUCUUAUGAGCGAGUUGUUUACAAGAACAUAUCGGAGUACCACUACAUGAAAAUCAACCUAGUUUGUGAAAAACAGAGCAAAACCCUGAGUCCAGAACAGUUUAAGCAGCUGAUAGUCUCUGGAGUCAAAGACCUGUACGGAGAGGUUGGAGCUGCUUUACCGUUCGAUUUGCUGACGUUUGAUAAAAGCACAUUAUCAGCCAUACUGCGUGUAUAUAACAGGGGUCUGGUGAAAUUGUGGAGCGCACUGACACUGAUUGGAACAUAUGAAAAUGAACCGUGUGCUUUUAGAGUCUCACAGGUCUCGCCAUUCUUGUUAGCUUUAUCAGGAAACAGUCGUGAGAUGGAGCUGUACUAGUUCGCAUGU